UUUCACCCCUCCUUGAAGAGCCUGGCUGUGUGCAUUCUGGAUUGUUCAAGCUGUUACGUCCUUAUUUGGCAUCACCAGGGGCAAAUAAACCCCAGGUAGACACGUUUCUUCCGGAGGGUACGAUAUAUGUGGAAGGCUGCCAAGGGAGAGGUUUUGUAUAAGGGAUAGAAAGUUAGAAGGUGUGGAAAGCCUUUGGAGACCAAGUAUGGACCGGUCUAUGUGACGCUGCAGUAAAGGAGUGAGCUGACAGGUGUCCUUGUUGCAAUCUUCUGUACAGCGACUGGUGUGCUGCAGAAAGAUCAUGUAAAAAAAAAAAAUAACCUGCUGCUCAUCUUCACCAUCUACUAGUUACAACUUCAAGAUUCCAAGUUUGAUAUUCAUGCAUAAGAAGUCAUGGCAUCCUUCAAUCCCUUUAAACACUUGAAGCCCCAGGAUCGAGAAGUCCGUUCCUCGGGUGAUCUCCAUGAGAUGUACAAGACGAUGGCUGCCAUGAUCGACCUGAGUCACUUGUCGGAGGAGGAGAAGGAGAAGAUCCUCCAGGUGUUACAGCGAGACGAGGAUCUCAGGAAGGUGGAGGAGAGGAGGAUAACGAGAAGGAAAUCCGAGCUCGGCUCGGAGCUGGAGGAUGGAGACAGUAAACUGAAAAAAGAGUUUCAAGAAGUGAAGAAGAAAAGUGCUGUCAAAACGUCGGAGGCUCAGAACAGCGAGAAAAACUGUUCUCGCUGCCAGACGGCGUUCGGCUUCUUCUUCGACACGGGGGACCCCUGUCCGCAGUGCCAACACAAGGUCUGCAACAGCUGCAGGGAGUUUACCACUCCCAAGAAGGACAAAUGGCUCUGCGCACUAUGCAACAAGCAAAGACUGCUGAAGAUCGAGACAGGGGAGUGGUUCUACGAGACCAUGGAUCCCAAGAAGAAGGACCAACUGUUCGGUACGGACUUGAUCCGGGCGUCCCUACGCAGACCCCGGGGCAGGGGGCGAGGGAGACCCCAGCCAGUUGGAGACCAGAUCAGACCGGCUCUGACCGGUUCCAGGGAGAGAGUUCAGGAUGUUGGGAGGAGUCCGGGGAGGGGUCGGGACAGGACAGCACAGCAAUCCCCCAGGAGGGAUGGAAAAACUGACCCCCAGGCUCAAAACCACCUGGCUCCGGAGGAGAGCCAUACAAACUUCUAUCGCAAGAUAGCGGAGAUCGACAACGGCCCCGCGUUACCGUCGCGUAGCUCUGCGUCCCUUCCCAGAGACACCAUGAUGUCCCGUACCAGCCCGCGGGUGUCCAGUGACUCCGGACGGUCCUCGCCACUUCUUGUCGGAAGCAAUAGAAACCCCUCGAAACCGGUUCCGCUAAACCGGCGCAUGCAACCGUCCAGGAAACAAAUGUCCCUGGAUGAUGAACUGCACCUGGUCUGCGCAGAGGAGGAGAAGAAAACCAGCCGGUACCAUGAUGUUGCCUUCCCGAAAAAGUCUGACACAGAACUCUUGGAUGAACUGGUGAGUGCUGGGGACUACAGCACUAGUGAGUCCCUGGUCAGGAGAUAUAGUUCUGACAGCACAGCUAGCUACUCCAGUGGACCAAGCUCCCCCCAGAUGUCAGUAAGAGCUUGGCUAAAUGCCCAAGAAGCCAGUGCAGUCCACACCACCACUGAUGUGCCCACCCCCACCACUGCCUCGGAGACAAACAGCCUACAGAACUAUGAGGACAUCCCUGACAACAGACCCUCCAACUGGAACGGCAGCACCACCAGGGAUGAGCUGGACGCCGGGAGGGGAGAGUACAUCGAUGACGGCAGGUCCAGUACUGGCCACGGUCCCACCCAGCGUCACAAAGAUGAGCCCGAUAGAAGAGCAAUCAACGCGACGCUGCCCCAGGGCACCCGUGCUGAGGUGGACGUACAUCAUCAUCACAACGAGGAUCGUGUGAGCAGGGCACACGGCACCCCCCCUGCCAAGAACAGGUCCAUCCCUACUGUAGCUGUGGAGGAUAGCAAGGAGAUAACCCGGUAUCCAUCAUCUCGUGACCUUGAAGAGUUUGAGGAUGAGGACAUCGAUGCGUAUGUCAGACAGUAUGGCAGUGGUAGUGAGAAGAGCGCCAGCGGGAGUCAGAGAGGAAGUUCUCUGGGCGCCUCCAUGUCUGGAAGCAGAGAGAGUAUUAUGAGUUACUACAGUGAUGCAGGAGAUGGGUACUAUGGGAACAUCGAGAUCACUGGAGACAUCCUGCUGUCACUAGACUACAACUUUAAGAACAUGGUGCUGGCUGUUCACAUUAAGAAGUGCCGGGAUUUGGCUGUCGCUGAUGAGAAGAAGAAGAAAUCUGAUCCGUAUGUGAAGACCUACCUUCUGCCUGACAAGACCAAAAGUGGCAAGAGGAAAACCAAAGUCAGGAAGCACACUAGCAAACCCACCUAUGAUGAGGUCCUCAAGUAUUCCAUCAGCCCCAGUGAGCUGGAGACGCGGACCCUGUGGGCGUCGGUGUGGCACAACGACAUGUUUGGGCGGAACACGUUCCUGGGAGAGGUCCACCUGCCGCUGGACAACUGGGACUGGGAUGACAGGCAGGCACGCUGGUACCAGCUGCAGCAGCCUGUAGUACCGGCUGGUCCAAAGUCGACCUUCCAGCAGUACAAGGGAGACCUGGUCAUCUCCAUGAAGUACGUCCCAUCUUACAAGCUCCUGGGAGGGGGUGGUGACACUUCCCGGAAGGGCCGGCGGAAGACCAGUCCCGACCGGUUGUCGCAGGAGGCUGGGAUGGGAGAGCUGCACGUCUUCAUCAAGGAGGCUCGCAACCUGAUGGCAGUACGGGCAAAUGGGUCAUCCGAUCCUUUUGUUAAGGGCUACUUGCUGCCAGACAAGAGCAAACAGAGUAAGCAGAAGACCCCGUACAUCAAGCGGAACUGUAACCCGACGUGGAACCACACGUUUGUGUACAAGUCUGUCAACCCAGAGGAGCUGGAGCAGCGCUGUCUGGAGCUGACCGUCUGGGACUACGACAGGAUGACCAGUAACGACUUCCUGGGAGGGGUCAGGCUCAGUCUGGGAAACCGGUUGGGACAGCCCAUCGAGUGGAUGGACUCGCAGGGUGAGGAGAUCACAGCGUGGCGGACCAUGCUGAACAAACCCAACGUCUGGGUGGACAGUUGUCUUCUCUUACGCCCCAGCAUGGACUACAGGGUCCGCCCAUCUACCCCAGCACCUUCAACAACCAGCUAGCCAACCUCAACAACUAGCUAACCAACUUCAACAACCAGCUAACUAAUGUCAACAGCCAGCUAACCAACCUCAUCAACAACUUCAACAAUCGGCUAAGCAACCUCAAAAACCAGCUAAGCAACCUCAACAACUUGAACAACCAGCUAGCUAACUUCAACAACCAGGUAACCAACCUCAACAGCUUCAACAACCAGCUAGCUAACUUCAACAACCAGAUAGCUAACCUCAACAACUUCAUCAACAACCAGCUAGUCAACCUCAACAACUAGCCCUCCCCCUUCAACAACUGGCUAGCUACCUUCAACAACCAUCAUCUAGCUCUAGCUUCUGAGAUUCGAUCCCAGAAAACAACUUCUCAACAGCUUACUAAUAGCUUCCCGGCUAUUGCGGUAAAUUAGACGUGUAUUCUGUCACCUUAACAUACAGACAAGCAGUCACUUUACCAAAUUUCCUCCAAUGACUGCAUUGGAUUGUUGUUUGACACCAAUUAUCCCUUUUUGGGGGGAGGGGGCAGCGCUCUUUAGGCCUGCUGGGUAGGUAAUAGCAAACAGACUGGACUUGUACAAUUGUACCAUCAUAUACAGUUUGAAAUGUUCUGAACCACGUACUAGUACAGGGUGCUCACAGGAGAACUAAAGCCUGGUUGUCACUCCACACUUGGCCUCUGUACUUGCAAAACAUUUUUGACAGUUUGUAAUAAAUAGUUGAGGUUUGGUAUAAUAGAAUAGAAUUGUUGAUUGAGCUGUGAUGGGACAGCCUUGUACAUUGUAUCCUGUUACUAUAGCAAUGUCUCAAUCUUACAAUGAUUAUGCAGUUCACCGUUCUAAACUUUGUACCAAAUUCGCCAAAUAAGCUGCCAAAUAUCCACUUCUUCCAGCUGAAGAUAUCUGCUUAUUCUUGUGAUUGGUGUUUUUUCAACUUAAAAAAAAGAUGUUUUUGUAUAAAGUUGUCUGAUUGAAUGUAAAAAUUGUUGGCACCAUAACCUCUGUUCCCUUCAGAUUACAUUUAAAUGUAUCUUGUCACUCAGUGGUUGAAAAUAGCCUGGAAGAAUAACAGAGCCCCCUGGCUCUAGUGACAGGCACUGCAGAUUAGUGUUGUUAGUGAAGAGGCACUGCAGGUCAGCUUCAAUGUUUUAUCUACAUGUUAUAUGAAUGUAAUUUGGUGCAGAGUUUGUUUCCAAGUCACUAUUCUGUACUACCAGCUUAUUAUCCUGAAAACUUGCCUUUUCUUUAUUGUCUUCCCAAAGCUGCUGUACAAGAUGAUAUUCAACUG